AUGUCUUCUUUACCUCCUCGUCAACCCAGUGCCGACCCUCACACCCUCUCUCACGCCGAAAACAUUCAACAAGCCACAGCCAAAGUCAAUAGGUUUGCUAAACGUGAUCCCGCUUUGUACCCAUUGGCCUUCAUCCUCACGGCUGGUUUAUUAGGUGCUGGGUACUUUCUCAUGUCCAAGGCUUCCGAACCGGAACCUCAUCGGGCAUUAGUACAAAAUGGAAUGGUGAACCCUUGGGAUCAUAAAGAUUCACAUGAUGUUCAUCCGAGCUCCACGGCAAUGUUCAAAUACCGUCACAAGACUCGAGAAGGUCACAUGGAAGAUUCCCUUCCCGCUCUCAACGAGGAUGUUCGCAAGCUCAAAGAAGGUCUCAACCCGAAAUUCAAAGCCGCAUAA